AUGACUCAAAACAAUAGCAGGUGGAAUCAACAAAGCUCAAAUUUGUAUACUGAACAGAGACUGUUACCUCAGCACUGGAACCCACAGACGAAGAACUCCUUCAAAAUCAAUAUUGAUGGAUCUUUCCUUGAACAUGCAACAGAAGGAGCAGUAGCCGGGAUCCUCAGAGACGCGAUUGGAACUUUGCUCGACGGCUUCACCGGGAUAGUUCCGGCUACUUCAUCGCUACACACAGAACUGCAAGCGCUACUGCAAGCGCUCCAAGCUUUCGUCGCCUGGAGAAACGAGCACAUAGUGCUGGAGACGGACAGUCUUUUGAUUGUCAAGAUGUUGAAUGAGCAAGGUCAAGUUGGCUGGGAAGAUGAAGCUGCUGUCCACGAAGCCCAAAUCCGUUUGGCCCACUAUAGCAAGAUAACUGUGGCCCAUUGCAACCGAACCGCCAACCAAGCUGCUGAUUGGAUCGCUAAGGCACAACGUCAAAAAUCUCUUUUUUCGUCUUGGCUCAUGCGUCUCCCCCAACCUUUAUGGGAGUUAUUAUGUUUUGAUGCUCCCCUGUCGGGCUGUAGAUCCAAGAACUCUUAA